CGGCGCCUUUUUUUUUUUUUUUUUCUUUGGAUUCCGUGUGUGGUGCCGGUGCCGCCGCCGCCGCCGGGGAGGGACGCAGAGGAGCAGGCGAGCGCCGGGCUCGGGGGCCAGAUGAGUGAUUUUGGGAUCAGGAACAUGGAUCAAGUAGCUCCUGUGUCUAACAUGUACAGAGGAAUGCUCAAGCGUCAACCAGCAUUUGACACCUUUGAUAGCUCAAACUCUCUCUUUGCUGGAUAUUUUUUCUCACUAAAUGAAGAUCAAACGCUUCAAGAAGUGCCAACAGGAUUUGAUUCUACUUCUUAUGAGUCCAACAACUGUGAAUUGCCUCUGUUAACCCCAUGCAGUAAGGCUGUGAUGAGUCAGGCCUUGAAAGAUACUUUCAGUGGUUUUACAAAGGAACAGUGUCGACUGGGUAUCCCAAAUAAUCCCUGGCUGUGGACUGAACAGCAAGUUUGCCAGUGGCUUUCAUGGGCUACCAAUGAAUUUAGCUUGGCAAAUGUGAACUUCCAUCAGUUUCUUAUGAGUGGUCAAGACUUGUGCAACCUGGGCAAGGAGCGUUUCCUGGAACUGGCACCUGACUAUGUGGGUGAUAUUCUGUGGGAACACCUGGAACAGAUGAUAAAAGACAGCCAAGAGAAAACACAGGAUCAAUAUGUGGAGAACUCUCAUCUCACCUCAGUUCCUCACUGGGUCAAUAAUAAUUCUUUAACUGUUAAUGUAGAUCAGAACUCCUAUGGUAUGCAAAUGCCUGGAUACCCUAAAGCCCUCGGUUAUCCCAAAUCCAGUCUCCUGCCUGAUGUCUGUCAGACUUCCACAGGACCAAAUCUCCUCAAUCCAGAACAAGAGUUUUCAUUGUUCCCUAAAACCCAAGCAGAUGCUGUUGGUGUAAACUACUGUGCAGUAAAUCAAGAUUUCCCAAGAAGCAAUCUGAACUUGCUGAUAGAUAAUUCUGGUAAGCUUAGAGAACACGAAUCUAGCGACAGUGGUGCAGAAAGUUACGAAAGCUCAGAUUCAAUGCUGCAGUCCUGGAACAGCCAGUCGUCAUUAGUGGAUUUACAGCGUGUGCCAUCCUAUGAGAGUUUUGAAGAUGACUGUAGCCAGUCCUUGUGUCUGAGCAAACCUACAAUGUCUUUCAAAGACUAUAUUCAAGAACGAAGUGAUCCUGUAGAGCAAGGGAAACCAGUUAUACCAGCAGCAAUUCUAGCUGGCUUUACUGGCAGUGGACCUAUACAGCUAUGGCAAUUCCUUCUGGAGUUACUGACUGACAAGUCCUGUCAGUCAUUCAUUAGUUGGACAGGAGAUGGAUGGGAAUUUAAACUUGCUGACCCAGAUGAGGUGGCACGGAGGUGGGGAAGGAGGAAAAACAAGCCAAAAAUGAACUACGAGAAGCUCAGCCGAGGCCUACGCUACUAUUACGACAAGAACAUCAUCCACAAGACUUCAGGGAAACGCUACGUGUAUCGAUUCGUGUGCGACCUGCAGAACCUGCUGGGGUACACGGCGGAGGAGCUGCACGCGAUGCUGGGGGUGCAGCCUGACACAGAGGACUGAGCCCGACGACGUGAUGCUGCAGGGGCGAAGAUCACGUGUUGGGACUGUGUCUGGGAACCAUCUGCAGUCAGUUCUGGCUGUUCAGAUGGGUGCAACUGUUGGGAAAUAAGGACCUUAACCGAUUUUGUAACCAGGGAGAGCUGGAAGGAAGUGGCCUUAUUUCAUCAGUGGCUUCGGAUGUUGCCAUGUCAGGCACUUGAGCAGCACGGAAGUCAGCACAGACCCUAGCUCUGUCAUGAAGACAUGGAAAUGCUCUCGGGUUAAGCAUUUCAACUACCUGUACUGCCAUGUAAAGCGUUUUGGCUGCUUACACUGCCAUGUAAUAAUGGGUUGGCUUUAAAACCAAAGGUUGGAUGAGAAACCGGUGAUGCAGCAGAACUAUUGCUCAGAUAUUUUAAAAUACCAUCGUCCUUGCUUACACCUUAUAUCAUGCAAUUUAUUUAAAAAAAAAAAAAAAACCAAAACCAAACUAAUUUAUUUUAAAUGAGCAGUAAGGAGAAUUGAUGUUAGUUUUGUUCUAAAGCACGUUUUAUUAUUACUACUCCAGGAAUGUGCUGCAUAGGUACAUAAACACGCUGUCCAAACAGAUGUAGCAACUGUUAACAAAAAAAAAGACCCUUUAAAGAAGGGAAGGAAAAUCAUACCAUUUCAAUAUUCAGUUUGUAUAUAUUCUGUGAUUCUUUUUGUAACUCUGUAAUGUUCCUAUUUAACAGAUACUGUAUAGUGUAAAUUAAACUAAUUGUAUGUGUGUUUUGAAAUAGGACGAAUGUAAACUUAUCAAAUGUUUUUCUCCAUGUUUGUCUAGGAUAUACAACCUUCUGCAAAUAUUUAAUUGGCCUGAGACACAAUGUAAGUGCUCAGUAUGCAUGCAUAUGGUAUGCCUAUGAUAUGA